AUGGACGUGACGUAUCUUCUGAGAUCCGACUACGCAUUCAACAAAAAACUUCUGGAGCUGCUAGGACUCUGGCCGACUGUACGCUCGAAAUUUCGAGUCGUCCUCUUCUACAUAUAUUACGUUAGUUCUCUUCUGCUCCAGAUACAUGACCACCGUAAGUUUCCGCCCGUUAACCCUGUUGUUUUGUCUUCUCUUUCUCUGUGUCGAAAAUUAAAAAUAUCCCGCGUGACGUUAGAUAUACGCUCUGUACACGACGAUCGAUCUCGACCAGAAUUCCUUCAAGAACGACAAACAGAGUAUCAGGAUUCUUCGAAGAUACGCGACGGUGGUGCACAUCUUCUCGUUGCCAUAUGCCUCACCAUCAUUGCUGUCAUGAGUUUAUUACCUGUCAUAACGUCUGCUUUUCACGUACCAAAAGAAAAUGACAUUAGAUACUGGCAGCGACCGAUCGCCUUGAAAUCAUUAGAGAAAACUGUGAGCUUCUGUAAUCCUUUUUUCAUUCUCUUCUUAGUCACCAAUUGUUUGUCUGGGAUAAUUGCGGCAGCUAUCGAACUGACUAGCUUGGCAUUCUCCGAACACUUGUGCGCACUGUUCAAAAUCGUAAGCUGUCACUUGAAACGUGCAACCAACGAAUACGUCAUGAAGCUCCCGCUAUGCGACCAAACAAACAAUAUUUACACGAAGAUAAUAAUCGCUGUGCAAGUUCAUAGGAGAGCGAUA